AUGGAGCACUGCAGCAAACGGAUUGAAGAGCUGGUGAGGGGAAAAGAUGGGGAAGUCGAACUGCCCAACGAUGAGAACGACUACUUAAUAAAGCAGUUACUAAAAAAUGUUAUGGAAAUUGUGAAACAAACAAACAGACUUUCCACAAAUUGUCUCUACGAAAGCAGAGUAGAUGUUAUGUCCAACGAUGAGGGAAUUAAAAAGGUUCAGGGGGAUUUACUAAAAACGGUGCACGACUUGUUACUAUACAGCUCUAAUGAAAAAACAAAAAGUGCGCUUAUGUGUGAGCUGGACGGUGAUCACUUAACGCUAGCUAAUAAUUAUCAUAUCAUAUCGAACACGCUGUAUGAAAUAAUGACCAGAUCGAAGGACUGCUUUCGAUUCUUUCAUGUGAAGGAUAAGGAGGCCUCAAUGUUGGAAUGUAAAAGUAGCAAGCUUGAGGAGAAUUUUCUCCCUGAGUUUGAUUCUUCCCAAAGGGGGGGAAACAAACCAACAGAUAGUUACUCAGAGGAGGAAGAGGAUGAUAAUCCAGGGGGGAUAACCAACCUUGGUAGUAACCAGGAUGAUACGAAGAGUAAGGAGCGCAAUUUGAACUCAUGCACUGGAGAAGAGGAAGAAAGAGAUAACACCUUCCAGCUAAUUUUCCGGUCGAACAUUUUGCACGUUCAGAGCGAAUCGGAGGAGAGUUCCACAGAAAAGACAAAUGAAAAAAAAACAAAAAAGGAAAUGAGCAAAAGUAGUAAAAAAAGGAGGCUAUUCAAGAGGAAGGUGAAGAGUGAAGGGAACCCCCCAAUGGUAGAUAGUCUCUCCCCAUUUAGGAGAAGAGCGACAAGAACACAGUACGCCUGGUUACACCUGAUAAACAAUUAUGUUACCUUCUUCAUCCCCCGUCUAACUGUGAAGCAUAAUAGACUUACUGAUCUGGAGAGAGGCUUCGUAGAAGCGGUGGAGUGUCUGCAGAGCUACAUUCAGAAGAAGAAGAAAAUUCUUCAUUACAGGGAACUUUUUAACGGCAAUAAGCUAAAGCAUAUAAGUAGUGGAGAUAUAUUCGGAGAGAUAUUUCAGGAGGACAAGUUGGGAGACACACCAGGCAGCACGAUGGAAGAGCAUACGGUAACCCCAGAACGGCUUACCUCCCCCCCGGAUGAGUAUUUCUUUUGGAAGAUGCUAAAAAGGCUAGAUAAGGACAUAAACAAGUAUGGACCGAAAUUCAGCAACCUGGGUCAUCCGUACAGUUACGAAAUAAAUGACAUGAUCAAUCGGUACCACGAAUGUGAUGAAAGUGUGUCCCCCUUCGUGAAGGUAACCGCAGAAUUGCACAAACCGGUGCAGCUAACCGAGAAGGAGUGCAAAAUCAUUAGCACAGGAGACGAAUUAGUCCAAAUGGUGAAUACUAUUAAAGCAAAGUGUAGUAAAGUGUCCCUCUCCCUUGUGGUAAAUUAUAAGAACACCUACCGAGGGUUCACGUCCUUAAUUCUAAUCGGAACAGAAGAAUGUGACUACAUCAUUGAUGCACUGCACAUGUUCGAGCAGAUACAUGAGCUGAACGAUAUAACUACAGAUCCGAAUAUUCUGAAAAUUUUAUACAAGUCGAAAAAUAUCAUACCAGUAAUGCAGAAGGAUUUCUCCAUCUACUUUGUGAACAUUAUCGACAUUUCUGUUUGUUCGGAUUUUCUUAACGUGAGAAAUUCUAUGGAUUAUCUGGUGAAUAAUUACUUCCACGUUGGCGUCAAUUCUGCUGGGCAUGGGUUAAAUGCUCUGACGAGACCGUUAUCUCCUGACGUCGUCCAUAAUUUGAGGAUGCCUUUCCACUAUCUGUACUACCUCUUCGAGUACAUCAAAACGGAUUUGUAUUUCAAUUACAUAUUUGCGCAAUAUCGGAGGGACGACCACGUGGAGGGAGGAUGCCAAGGUGAGACAGACACGAUGGAUGCGAUGAACACGUUAGACGCGGUAGAUGCGAUGGAGACACUGCAACGGCUGAUCGACCAAGAGGGGCCCCCCCCAAGCAACGUCUACGUACACUUUGAAAAUAUAAAAUUCGAAGACACAUCGGAAGAGGAAAAAAAAUAUGGAGAAGAAAUUAUCAGGAAAGUAUUCAGAGAAAGCAAUAAAAUGUGCCUUCUGGAGUACAAAGUAAAAGACGUAUGUGAUGUGGAAAAAACAAAGGAAAAAAUCAAGACGAUUAUAAAAACGUCCAAUUAUAACUCCAACAGUUGUGAUACCUUAAUAGAAAAUAUAUUACUCUGGAGAGGAAAACUAGCCAAAAAGAAUGACGAAUCUCCAGACAGCAUAAUUAAUAUACACACCAUAAUUUCCAUUAUUUUAAAUAUGCCUACUUCGAUAUCGAGCCUGAAGAAUAUUAUCAUCCCCAUGUCUAAUCACAUGUCCGAAAAUCUGGAGACCCUAUUUGAAAUAAUUAUCAAAUCGAAUAUGAAAAAAAAAACGAAUCCACAAUUUUAUCGAAAUUUUACUGAAAAUGAGAAAACCAGCAUUUGUGACUGCAGCAGUGAACAGGAAUUGAAUUUCGUUCAGCACGCCUUCGUUGGGGAGGAACAGAGGGGUGUAGGUGGAGAGGGGGUGGAUGGGGCAGGCGAACAUAAUGGAAUCCUCAUUGUCCCGCCGAGGAUGCACUUUCAGAGCAUUUCGGAGGGGGACCAACCUGAGGUGCAUCCUCCCGACGGUGGUGAAGAUGACGCUAACGAUGAUGAUAACUACAGUGGUGAUGGGGAUGGAAAUAGCGAUGGCGUUAAUGAUGACCCUUGCUGUGCUCCACAUAGCAAAUACGAAGGACACGGUAACGAACAGGAGGUGCGCGAAGAGGGAGUAAACCCCACAAUCAGUUCCCCUGAUCAGACCUUCACCCUGGAGAGAACAUUCUUUGGAAACGACGAAAGUGACGAAGAGGCCAGCAAGAAAAGUAAUACCCCUGGCAGCAAAAACGGAAAAUAUGAAAACUACGCUUUGCUGUCGUCCCUACUUAGCUACGUCAAAGAAAAGAACCAGAAAAUGUGUAAAUCUUAUGAGCAUCCUGAUGAGAAGGAGGAAAAUGUGAAGACGGAAGAAGAGGAAGCACAAAUGCAGAAGCAGAGGACCACUUACAAAAGUGCGAAAAGGAAACUACCCAACGACGUUCCUAACAACAGUUCUGGCCAAAAAAAAAUUAAACAAAUACAACACCAGUCGUACAACCAGCAGUAUAACAUAAAGAACAAAAAGGGGCUGUACUCCAAAAAUAUUUUAAGCGCAAUGAGCAAAAAGUGGAAUGGCUAA